AUGUUGCAAGGUAGACUUCAGACAAGAACCAGAUUAUGUAAGUUUGGGGUGUGUGAUACUACAAGUUGCCUUUUCUGUGACAGUCAUGAGGAGACUCAUGUGCAUCUGUUUUUUGACUGUCUAUACAGUAGGAAGUGUCUUUUGGAGGUUAAGCAAUGGCUGGGAAUUCCAGUGAACAUUGUUAGAUAUAUGGCUUUGAUGACAUGGAUACACUGGAAAGGUAGAGGAUGCAAGUUUCAGAAGCAUGUCAUGUAUGCUGCUAUUAAUGCAACAGUUUACACAAUAUGGAGAGCUAGAAAUGAGGUUCUUUGGAACCAAAAGCUUCCUACUGUUACUCAUACAGUUAGAUUUGUACAGCAAAGUGUAAUAGAUAGAAUGCAGCAAUUAGGGAUUCCCAGAAUCAGUAGUAGAGUUCAGGAUUGGUGGCAGAGUAAAAUGCUUGUAUAG